AUGGACGCUGAUGAUUGGCGUUACGUUAGCGAUUCGCAGGACCGGAAGAAGAUACAGAAUCGACUGGCGCAGCGAAGACGACGUGAGCACUACACCUACCGGCUAUCGCACAAAAGAGCUGAUCGCUUUGAAGGACAACGCCUGAAGAUGGGCCAUUGCGACGGUGACAAAGCUCCGCGCAGCAGGACUGGAAGUCCUGUGAGUGAUAAUAGCGGAAGGUGGGAGACAAACCUGGCAACUGUAACGAAAACAGAAGCUGAUCAUAUUCUUGCGCAAACCAGACGUUCAACCCUAGACUCCGGUAACACCAACCAUCACACAAAUCCCGCCCAAAUCAGUACAACGAGCCGGGACGAACCAAAAUCCACAAGGGUACAGCAAGAGCAUUAUCCUUUGGAUGGGUUAAACGACAGCCGUGGCCUUCUCACGUUGCCCCAUCUUGACCUUGAUGACUUCGCCGAUCCCUCCUUCAUCAUAGACGAGUCUCCAGACCCCUAUGCCUUUUCCGCGACUGCAUUGAACACCCUUGUGAAUAUGACAUGUUCGACUCCAGUAACACGGGACGGUUCCAGGCCGUCUGCAAUCGAUCAAUAUUUUCCUUUGGCUACGACACCCCACAUCGCAACCAGAGACGACCUCUCGGACGGAAACAUUACCGGGGAUGAAUUGUUCUCACCGAGACACCGAGGCGCAUACUCAACACGCGACCGAAAACUCGUUCAACGCAACUUCGAUCCCAAGGAUCGCUCUUCUGUACCCGAAGAAGCAAAGAUGGAAGAUGUCCAACAGCGCAUCUACAAAUUGAGAAACGCGCUCCCGAAUUCCAUGGGUCGCUCAAAUGAUUCAAACGACGACUGCGCGCGCUUCAGCCAUAUAUUUAAGGCUAUGAAAGCCGCCGGCUUCUCCACAUUCGACCAAAUGGCCGCAAGUUACUACACUGCCAACUUCGCCCGCUCCUCAGCUGCAUACGACAUGCAACGCCAAAGCCGCAUCCGGAAUCUUCGAAGCUUUCUCUCCACCAUAAAAUCUGAAGCCAAGUCGUGGGGUACACGAGAGCGGCGAGGCUGGACCGAGGAAAUCAUCGAUGCUGCGGAGGAACUGCAUGCUGAGGAGGUACAGAAACUACUGAAGGGAAUGAAGACAGGGAGUAUAAGAGAUGUUAGGCAGAACGGGAAUAGUACAGCAGCGCAGAAAGCCUUCUUUCAAGAAGAGUUACCGGACCUUUGGUCGUUAUUCAGCCAGAUUGUGGCUGCUUCGGGAUUGGAACAGCCGUAUUCUUCUAAGAUCGUCUUGUCUGCACUGCAGGUUUUGAUAGGGUCCGGCUGCACUAGAUAG